AUGGCUUUUGCUACGAGUACUAAUCGAGUCGUAAAUGGCUCAGACGCAGAAGAAGGAGAAUUUCCAUACGCUGUAUCAUUACGAAAAGGAAAUAGUCAUACAUGUGGAGGAAUAAUUCUUAACGACAAAUUUAUUUUAACUGCAGCCCACUGUGUUUGUAAAAAUGAUCAACCUCGCAACAGUUCAUUAUAUUCGAUUCAGUACGAUUUACUCAAAAUUACCAGAGAACCGAUUAAUAUAGUGCCAGUGAAAAAAAUCAAUUGUCAUCAAUUUAGUUCAGAAAAACUGAUAUAUGAUUCAGCAGUAUUAGAAUUAGAAUCUCCGAUACCAGCUGGCAAUUGGAAACCCGUUGAAAUAUCCAAAGAUUUCUCCACGGAUGAAACGCAAGAAGGAAUAAUUAUUGGCUGGGGGAGGCUUUAUCAAAACGGGCCAUUAUCUGAGAAUUUGCAGAAGCUAAAUGUUGAAAUAUACGAUGAUGAAACUUGCGGUAAAAAGUAUGACAAUCAACAUCAUAUCUGUUUUGGAGCAAUAGCUGGUGGUGCAUGUAAUGGGGAUUCAGGAACGGCACUUAUUGUAAAAGGCGUACAAGUGGGUAUAGCUUCAUUUAUAACCGAUUUAUGUGGGGUUGCCAACGAAAUGCAUCCAAACGUAUAUUCUAGAAUUUCCACAUACUAUGAUUGGAUACAUACGAUUUCUGGAUAG